AUGUCGAAAGGCACAUCACCCGAACACUUGGUUGGUGAGACGAGCUUUAUUGAUAUCUGCCACACCGCCAUCGAGGGGGAGGCGGCGGCCCUGUUGUACCCCAUUGACGAUGACAGACAGAUGCUGCGCUGUGCGCUGUCCAUCUCAAACUAUCGCGUUUUGAUCUCCCCUGGGAAGAAAGGUAGCGCCGAGGAUGAAUUGGGUUUCUCGUUACCGCUACUAUCGAUUGCUUCAUGGAAUGUGCAGCGCAGAGCACUCAAAGCAACAACGCGUGCGGUAUUUCAGUGGGGACGAGAGCAAACGGUUGCUGACCACGACACGGUAACGCGCGCAAUGGACGAAACAACGCCACCGCCGCUUGCCCAAAGUAACUUCCCUUCAGCCGGGUACACGUUGAAGAUUUCAUCGAAGCACCUUUGGGAAGUGGAGGUUCUGUUGCAAGGAGAGCGCGUGGCCAACACAGUGAGAGACCUUUGGCGAUACUUCCACACCACGCAACUCAAGGGCAUGCCGGCUUUCGUACUCUACAGGGAGCGUUACGCCGCACUAUGUGAAGAUGCCGUUUGUGAUAAUGAUGAUAUCCAUGAAGAAAAUCACAGGGAGGAUAAAAAGAACAAUAAUACCAGUAAUAAUGAUGAUAAUAAUAAUAAUGAUAAUAAUAGGGAUAAGAAUAGCGGCGAAUUGACCAAUGGGGAUGAUGGUGGUCGUUGUGGUUUCGAGAACCACAUAGACAUGGUCGAGUUCGGCUGGAAUCUGUUCGACGCCGACCGAGAGCUAGAGAGGCAGUUGUCAUUGUACCCCGGUACUGCCGUGCCAAGUGUCAGCGAUGUGUCCCGCGUCGGUAUCAAGCGAGACCUGCGGCCAUGGUUUCGUUUGACAAGUGUAAAGCAGUCAAAGAAUAGCUACGGCAAGUCGCCAACUUAUCCGUUCCGUGUGGUUGUCCCCAACGCGGCGAGUGACGAACUGUUGGAGGACGUCAUGGCGGCUCGCUCUCGAGCACGUUUCCCUGCCAUUUCCUUUGUGCAUCUUGGAAGCGGCGCGGUGCUUGCGCGAUCCUCGCAGCCCUUGGCGAGGUCGCCGGCGCUGCGUCAGGACGGUGAGCUCUGUCGCAUGUUUGCAAACAGCGGUUAUCAUGCCCACAACGCCGAACCAAGAAGCGAGCCUCCUGCUGUGGUAUCUAUCGUGCCAAUCAGCACUCGACAGGCACCACCACCCUCCCUAUUUGACACGGGAUCGGAGGAACCUCCGGCACAGCGUUUCCCCGCCGCCACGUACCAGGAGACAACGUCAACCACGCGAUCUCAACGAACACUCUACGUCGUUGAUUGCCGACCAUCCAACGCGGCCCAUGCGAAUCUUGCCAUGGGCGGGGGCUACGAGAGCGGUGCUACGCACGACUUCUGUGAGGUUAAGUUUCACGGCAUUGAAAACAUUCACAGUGUCUCCAAGUCCUUUUCGAAGUUGAAGGCCCUCAUUCAUCGGUUCAACGGAAAGCAACCGAAGGAGAAUUUUCUUUCGCAGCUUCACGAGACAGGAUGGCUCUAUCACAUUCAAAGGUUGUUAAUUUGCUCCAGCAAGAUUGCGGAUUCCCUGGACCUUGGGGACUCAUGCCUCGUGCACUGUACCGAUGGAUGGGAUCGCACACCGCAAUGCACCGCCACCGCCAUGUUGCUGUUGGACCCAUUCUAUCGGACCAUCGUCGGUUUUAGUGUACUAGUGGAAAAAGAAUUUUGCUCAUUUGGCCACAAGUUUGCCGAACGGUGUGGCCAUCAGGUGCAGGGAGAAACCAGCUACACCUCCGAUGCGGGUGUUUCUGGAUCCGACACGGAGGCGCAGCACUCGAACACAAAGUUGCAGCCUUCUCCCAUCUUUUUGCAAUGGAUGGACGUGGUGUUUCAGUUGGUGCGCCAAUUUCCACGGCACUUUGAGUUCACCACACGACUACUGGAGUACCUCAGUGAGGAGGUGUACGCCUGCCUGCACGGAACAUUUCUCUGCAACGGGGAGAAGGAGCGGAUGUUUGAGGGGGUACGUCUGGGCACGGCAUCCAUAUGGACAGAUGUGGUGCGUGCCGCGGCAAAGGAACGCGCAGGGCAUUCGUCUCUGUACUUUGUCAAUGAGAACUACGACUCUGCGACGGCAUGGGAGUACAUAUCAAAGCAAAAAGGAAGUGGUAUUCAGCGCAUCUCACCCAACUGUAGCAGCAAACGUCUUGUCUUGUGGGAAUCUUUUUACCUGCGGCACGAUGGAGACAACUACUCCAUAGAUUUUCGUGACGGGCCGCAGCAGAUGACGAAAAAAGUUUCUUUUCAUCCGGAGUGGGAACGAUAUUUUGAUCGGUUUGUGAGGGAUUCGUGUGCGGCACGCAGGAGAGAGUUGCCAGACAUGCGGCGACGGUUGCAAAACCUCUGCGUCGGGCGUCCAGCGGUGGCCGUUGCGAGCUCCUCUUUAGGGAAGGGAAAUUCCCGGAUAUGUUCUCAUUGUCACAAGAACCUCGGUUUUUUCUCUUCACGGGGGCAAUGUGUUAGAUGCGGAACCACCCUGUGCAAUAAUUGUGCUGUCUGCAGCGAUAGCGAGUCAAAGAUGUGUCUUGAUUGUUACAAGCUUUGCGAAUGGAAUACACAGUAG